AUGGCCACCACGCUAGAGGCGGGGCACUUUCAGACUCACGAGUCCCCCGCACCCGACACCAUCCUCGUCCGCGACGCCCUCUAUGGCGACCACACAAUCACCGAGCCCGUCCUGAUCGACCUCCUCCAGUCGCCAGAUCUCCGUCGACUGAUCGGCAUCGGCCAGCACGGAGUGACCGGGCACCUCGGGCUGCUUCCCAAACCCGUCAAGAUUACGCGCUUCGAGCACUCCGUCGGGGCAUUGCUGCUGGUCCGUAUCGCCGGCGCCAGCGUCGAAGAACAGGUGACCGCGCUGCUCCACGAUAUAAGCCAUACGGUGCUUAGCCAUGUGCCAGGGAAGGAGAGUUUCCACGAGACGACACAGAUCCCCGCCAUUUUGACCAAGCAUGGCAUUCCGCAAACGGUCUUGGACGAGGAGCAGUAUCCGCUCGUCGAGAUGGGAGCUCCGCAUCUUUGCGCGGACCGACUGGAUUACUCCCUACGGGAUGCCGUUGCAUUUGGGAUGUUUGCGCUGGACGACAGUCAUCGCGUGGUGGCCGCUCUGAAAGCGUUUCCUGAUGCGUCGUCUCCGCAUCGGAUGUUGGUGCUCAACGAUCAGCAGGUGGCCCUCCGGCUUGCACGAGCGUAUCUGACUACGGACCGGGAAGUGUGGUCUAACCCAACGCAUGUCGAAAUGUACCGCAAGACUGGACAAUUGAUCGGGGAUCUUGUUCGCGGGGGACAGAUCCAGGAGGCGGUGCUGUGGUCCAUGUCGGACGAAGACUUUUGGGAACUAUUGAAGGAUGUUGCUGAUCCGGAUGGGGCAGAGACACUGGAGAAGUUCGAGACGGAAGGGCUGGGGGAAGCACACGGCUUGCGUCUGCAUAAGCAUGCCAAAGUUCGUACAAUUGACCCUGACAUUGCUGUUGCUGAGACAGAGGCUGUUGCGCUGUCCGUGGUGGAUCCGGACUGGGCUGUUGAGCGGCAAGAAUAUAUCCGGGGAAGAGAGGCUACACGGGAGUCACUCCCAUCUACAAUGACCGAGGCAUUCACCCAAACCGAUCUGCAGGGCGCGUUGCCCCUGAUCGCCCGCGGCAAAGUGCGCGAUCUAUACGAAAUCGACGACAAAACCCUCCUGUUCGUCGCGACCGACCGCAUCUCCGCCUACGACGUGAUCAUGGAAAAUGGCAUCCUCAACAAAGGCAUCCUCCUCACCCUGUGCACGCAAAAAUGGUUCUCCAUCCUGACCUCCGCCCUCCCCUCCCUCCGCACCCACUUCCUGACUCUCGACCUGCCCCCGCAAAUCCCCGAGUCGCUGCGUCCCGUCCUCCAGAACCGCAGCAUGCAGGUCCGCAAGCUCCGGAUCCUGCCCAUUGAAGCUAUUGUGCGUGGAUACAUUACCGGUUCGGCCUGGAAGGAGUAUCAGACCUCGGGCACUGUGCACGGAAUCCCGGUGAAGGAGGGUCUCCGGGAGAGCGAGGCCUUCCCUGAUGGACCGAUUUAUACCCCCUCUACCAAGGCGGAGCAGGGUGAGCAUGAUGAGAAUAUUCAUCCGGAUAAGGCCGUUGAAAUCCUCGGCGGAAAGUACGCCGCUACGGUCGCUGCCCUCGCUAUCCAGCUGUACAAGGUUGCGCACGAGUACGCCUUGACCCGGGGUGUGAUUAUCGCGGACACGAAGUUCGAGUUCGGUGUUGAUGAGGAGACUGGUGAGGUGGUGCUCGCGGAUGAGGUGCUCACUCCGGACUCGUCGCGGUUCUGGCCUAAGGAUACGUAUGAGAUUGGACGCGGUCAGGCUAGUUUCGAUAAGCAGUUCUUGCGCGAUUGGUUGGUUAAGGAGGGGUUGAAGGGGAAGGAGGGCGUGCGGAUGACGGAGGAGAUUGCCCAGAAGACGGCGGAGAAGUAUAAGGAGGCUUGGGAGAAGAUUACGGGGGGGAACUAA